GUUGGGGCUCGGUUGCUGGGGCAGACGGGAGGGUGGAAGGUAGAAGGAGCGUCUGCGGCACUGGCGUCUGGUUAGCUCUGGGCGCGCGUGGGCCCAGGCAGGGGGGGCUGCGGAGCCCCGCAGCUCGCGCUGCUGCGGGCGUCUCUUUGCGUGCUCGGAUCGCUGGCCCCGGCAGUGGAGGAGAGCUGGUCAUUGCACUGCCCGAGCCAGGGAGUGGAGGAGAGGGCAAGGUUCGGGGGCGGCCGCCCCCGGCCCCCCUUCCUCCCUCCAGCGGGCCAGGAGCCCACCCAGGCGGGCCGGGCUCUCGGGAGCACCCCCGCCUUGCCAUCCGGUUUUGCCCGGAUCCUCGCGUGCGGGAGGCGAUGGGGUGGGGGGCCCCCGCUAGGCUGAGCUGAGCUGCCGCAUUGGGGGGCGGGGCCCGGAGCCCCCCGCCCCCCUCCGGGCUGCAGCCGGCCGUGAUGGGCCCCGCAGCCCCACCCGCCCCCUGGGCUGAGCCCCUUUAGCUCGGAGCCCCCUCCCCUCUCUCCGCGAGCCUAGGCCCUUGCACCCCCGGCCCCCCGCGGGCUCGCCGCAGCCUGCAGCGGGGCGGGGAUGGUGAACUUGGCCUCUAUGGUGUGGAGGAGGCUCCUGAGAAAGCGCUGGGUGCUCGGCUUGGUCUUCGGGCUGUCCCUCAUCUACUUCCUCACCAGCACCUUCAAGCAGGAGGAGAGAGCUGUGAGGGACCGGAAUCUUCUCCAGGUUCAAGACCGUGAACAGCCCAUCCCGUGGAAAGUGCAGUUUAACCUGGGCAACAGCAGUCGCCCAAGCAACCAAUGUCGGAACUCCAUCCAAGGGAAGCUUCUCAUCACCGAUGACCUAGGUUACGUCUGUGAAAGGAAGGACCUGCUUGUGAAUGGCUGCUGUAACGUCAAUGCUGCCAGUGCCAGGCGUUUCUGUUGUGAUGGCUGCUUGUCCAAUGGAUGCUGUGGCGCCUACGAAUACUGCGUCUCCUGCUGCCUGCAGCCCAGCAAGCAAUUACUCCUAGAACGGUUCCUCAACCAGGCCGCAGCAGCAUUCCAAAAUCUCUUCAUGGCUGUGGAAGAUCACUUUGAGCUGUGUCUGGCCAAAUGCAGGACUUCAUCUCAGAGUGUACAACAUGAGAACACCUACAGGGACCCCAUCGCAAAAUAUUGCUAUGGAGAGAACCCCCCAGAGCUCUUUCCUGCAUGAUGGGGAGCUGGGGUGGAAAGAACUGCGCCCGUAAGGCCAGAAUGUGGAGGAGGAGGAGUGGACCUGAAGACCUCAGCCUGCUCUGGGGGGGGUGGGGGUGGGGGAGGGGUAUCUCUUCAGACUCAAAAUGAGCCCAUGGGUUAGAAGACUAGCCCCUCCAUUGGGUGUUGGGCCUCUGCCUGCCCCAGUGUGAGAUAGAGGAUGGUGCUGAAAGGGACCAUGAGGAAACCAGGACCCCUCCUCAGCUGCCCACCCACCCUCCUCCCUGCACUGAACACCUUGGCCCUGCUGGGCUGACACAUUCUCUCAAGCUGCAGUUCAAAUCGGGAUCCAGCCAGGUGGCUGGAUCACCUCAAAGAGAGCCGAAUCUCCUCAUUUGUCCCCUCCCUCUUCCCUUCUUACAAAAGGGACCUAGUUGUUCCCUUUUGGUUGGGUUUGGGAGUUCGAUGUUCCCCUUGUGGGCCAAGCCCCAGCUUUGUAUAUAGCUGUAAAUUAUUUAUUGGACUGAUUUGGGCUAGUAGAAAAGAGUAUUUCCUGCAGCCAAAACCUGUUGCCUUUCAGCUUCUAGUCAGAUGUGUCCCAGAGCAAAAGAUUAGAUUUCUGCUGAUUCCUUGUGUUAACAUGUUUUGUGAGUUAAAAGAAUUUAAUUGUACACAUCAAAUCGCUUUUCUCCUGGGGCUCAGACUUCUCCCACCAGAGCUCCAGAUUUUCAUCCUGUGAGAUGUCUUCAUGCCUAAUGCUUCUCCAUGUCAGUGGUGCCCUUUUACCUUCAGCCUAAUGUACAAAAGAAUUUGAUACCUCCCAAAGGACAUGACUGCCCAAUACUCCAGUGGGCCAGCUGGCCUACCCUUAGGUGUUGGCUCAUCGACCAGCCAUUGAGAGAACGAUCUUACCUGAGAGUCUCAUGCUGGAAUUUGCCUAGUUUCUGAUUCUGCAUGUUGAGCUUCUGGUUGCUUCCCUUGGGGGAGGCCUCGGGAAAGUUGUCCCUGUUUCUAUGAGGCUGGAUAGAAAAUGCCGAAUAUAUCCUUAUAGUGUAUGCCUGGCAGAUGAUGUCUCGCUCUGCUGCAUCAGUGUUGCCAGCCCCUGAAUUGAUGUUUAGCUUCUCCUGUGCUCCACACAGCUCCCGGCUUUAAGGGGCUGUGGUCUGUUAUUAUGUACUAGGAUAAGUGAGGGAAGGGGUGGCCGCUUCUGUCAUGGCAAGGGAGUAUUUGCCUCAUGGCUGGCUGGUUGGGGUGCCAGGGUUCCCAGGAUGGUAGAGUAACUCCAGUCCUUUGACCUGAUGAAGAAUGGGUGCGUAGCUGCCUUUGCAAGGGAAGCAAGAGCGUGCUGGGCUGGCAAUCAAGAGACCUGAGGUUGAGUAUUUGGGUCUCCGCUCCACCACAGGCUUGAUAGAUGAUCUUUGGCAAAGUAUGACCUGUUUUUUCGUCUGUGAAAUGGAAGGGUUGGAUUGAAUGAUCUGUAAAGUUGCUUUUAGCUUUGAUUCUCUGUUUUAGCUCCCAGUCUGUUCCAGCCAACCACUUCCCUCCUCUGUUCUGAUGCCUUCUUGGUCUGUCAUUCUGUGUGCCAGGUGCAACUCUGCCCCAGCUUUGCUUCUUGCACCAAGUGUUAAGUACUGCGCCCCCCAGCUUUGCUCUGCUCCAAGUGCUAAGCCUCCCCCCCCCCCCCCCCCCCCGCUUUGCUUCUUGCUCCAGGUGCUAAGGGCUCCCCCCAGCUUUGCUCCUUGCUCUAAAUGCUAAGCUUCCCUGCCCCCAGCUUUGCUUUUUGCUCUAAAUGCUAAGUUUCUUGCUCUAAGUGCUAAGGGCUCCCCCCCCCCAGCUUUGCUCUGCUCUAAGUGCUAAGGGCUACCCCCCCCCAGCUUUGCUCUGCUCCGAGUGCUAAGGGCUACCCCCCCCCAGCUUUGCUCUGCUCCGAGUGCUAAGCGCCCCCCCCCCAGCUUUGCUCUGCUCCAAGUGCUAAGGGCUCCCCCCCCAGCUUUGCUCUGCUCCAAGUGCUAAGGGCUCCCCCCCAGCUUUGCUCUGCUCCAAGUGCUAAGGGCUCCCCCCCCAGCUUUGCUCUGCUCCGAGUGCUAAGCGCCCCCCCCCCCCGCUUUGCUCUGCUACAAGUGCUAAGGGCUCCCCCCCCCAGCUUUGCUCUGCUCCGAGUGCUAAGGGCUUCCCCCAGCUUUGCUCUGCUCUGAGUGCCAAGAGCGCACCCGCCCAGCUUUGCUCUCCUCCGAAUGCUAAGGGCCUCCCCCAGCUUUGCUCUGCUACAAGUGCUAAGGGUUUCCCCCAGCUUUGCUCUGCUCAGAGUGAUAGGGGCCUCCCCCAGCUUUGCUCUGCUCUAAGUGCUAAGGGCUCCCCCCCCCAGCUUUGCUCUGCUCCAAGUGCUAAGGGCUCCCCCCCCAGCUUUGCUCUGCUCCAAGUGCUAAGGGUCCCCCCUGCCAGCUUUGCUCUGCUCCAGGUGCUAAGGGCUUCUCCCCCAGCUUUGCUCUGCUCUAAGUGCUAAGGCCUCCCCUGCCCCAGCUUUGCUACUUGCUCUAAAUGCUAAGCUCCCCCCCCCCCCAGCUUUGCUUUUUGCUCCAAGUGCUAAGGGCUCCCCCCCCCCGCUUUGCUUCUUGCUCUAAAUGCUAAGGGCUCCCCCCCCAGCUUUGCUUCUUGCUCUAAAUGCUAAGGGCUCCCCACCCCAGCUUUGCUUCUUGCUCUAAGUGCUGACCCCUCCCCCAGCUUUACUGCUUGCUUCAUGUGCUAAGUGCCCCCCCAGCUUUGCUGCUUGCUCUGUAUGCUAAGGGCUCCUGACCCCCCAGCUUUGCUGCUUGCUUCAUGUGCUAAGCCCUGCCCCCCAGCUUUGCUUCUUGCUCCAUGUGCUAAGAGCCCCCCCACUUUCUCCUUGCACUGAGGGUUCCCCUCCCCCCCUUUGCUCCUUGUUCCAUGUGCUAAGCUCCCCCCCCCUUGCCUUUGCUGCUUGCUCAAUGUACAACACACAACAUCUGAUGCUUUCUUAAGUUCAGUGAAAAGAUUUCCUUCCCCCUCCCCCAACCUUUUCCACCUAAAUCUGAAGCUUUCUUGGUUUGAGCUUCCCCCAAGUACUGAUGCUUUGUUGGGCAGGAAGCUGAAGCCUGCAUCCCCUCUUGACCCCCUCCCACCCCAACUCCAAAGCUCUGAUCCUUUCUCGGUCUGUCCUAAGAGCUCCCCCCCCCCAUCCUGCCCCCAGCUUUAAUGCUUUGAUGUGUGAGAAGGGCUUGCCUCUAGCUUUGAUGCUUUCUUGGUUUGGGGGCUGUUUUCCCCCAAAAAACGGAUGUUUUUUUCUUCCGUGUACUAAGGGACCCUCCUGUCCUUCCCCCAUCCCCCACCAAAUAAUAAGAGCUCUGACUGAUGCUUCCUUGGUCGGUAUACUAAGAAUUCCCACUUUUUGAUUUUGAUGCUUGUUCUGUGUGCUAAGGGCUCUUUCCACUCUCCCCCCCCCAAAAAAAAAUUCUGAUGCUUUUUUACUCUGUGUGCUAGAGCUCCCUGUCUCUCUUUCUCUCUUCCUCACACCCCCCCCCCCCCCAGCUUUGAUGCUUGCUCUGGGUGCUAGGGACUUUCCCCCACUGCCAGCUGUUUCACAUUGAUUGUCUCUUCUGUUUGUGGUGGAUGUGGUAUCAUGCCUCGUUCUUUCUCACUGUUAAUGCUUUGUAUAUGCCUGUACACACACAUGCUUGUGUUUCCCUCCUCCGGGCCCUGUCUAUCUGGGAGUAGGGCUUCCUCCCACCAUCUUGGAUUCAGCAAGUUUGAUGGAGAGGAUAAGACUUGACUCCCUCUGUCCCCCUCCUCAUCUUUCCCUGUGAGUUCUUUCUUGUUACCAUGUAGAAUAACCACCAUUGUAUGUUUCUGCCCAUUACCUCAUUGGACACAAUAACCCUGGAAAAGUUGGGUAUCAGGUAGUGUUGUCCCCAUCCUACAGAGGAAGAAACUGAGACUUAUCAUUGGUGCCCAGGGUCACUUGGCUAGUAAGUGUGGAUGGGGGAGCCAGGGUUCAUAUUUGGGUCUUUCCACUCCGUGCAUUGGGCAUUUUUUCCGCUCAUCAUGUUUCUGAAAGUAUUUCCCUACUCUUCCCACUCAGAAUCCCCCAAGGAAAGUCAUCCUUCUGUAGGAUGACCUAAAUAAGCUUCUGAAGACAGUGACUUGAUUUACAACCUUGUUUUUGCCUUUUCCUCUUGUGUUUGGGUGGGGCCUUCUCUGUAUGUAAUGUGUUUUCAAUGGUGCUGACUUAAUAAAAUUUGUCUCUCAAAACUA